AUGAACAGAGAUAUCCAUGCGCCAACUGUUCCCUCCGGUCCGACGACCGCGGGGACGGGAUUCCGAGACUUGACAAAGCUAUCGAUGGUUGAGCUUAUGAGUGAGAAGGAACGCAUCGAAGCAGAGUUAUCGGCUUAUAGCAGUGUGUUGACAUCUCAAGGUGUUACAAUGGCUACGAGCUUAACAACUUUUGACGGGUUUCCUCGCGACGACAUCGAUGUGGCGCAGAUUCGAACCACGCGCGCUCGAAUUAUCCACCUCCGAAACGACCACAAAGAAGUCAUGAAAUAUCUAGAGAAGGGUCUACACGCACACUUUGAAGCUCUACAACAAGCACAGGCUUCCUCUACGACGCCCGCUACUGCUGUACCUACCCAACAACAGAAUGGCACACAUGCGACACAAAACGGAAUAACCGAAACACCUUUCGCACGAGUAAACACCGUUGCGCCUGGCAGUCCCGCCGAUCAAGCUGGCUUGAAAGCUGGGGAUGUCAUUCGGAGUUUUGGAACGGUCAACUGGGUAAACCACGAACGGUUGACGAAGGUUGGCGAGGUUGUGCAGCAGAACGAAGGGCGUCCUCUUGUGGUAAAACUCUCGCGACCAAGCGAAUCGGGCCAGGGUACUCGAGAAUUGAGCGUCAGUCUGAUACCUCGUCGCGAUUGGGGCGGUCGCGGUCUUUUGGGCUGUCACUUGGUGCCGUUAUAA